AAAACAAUUGUUUGAGCAGACCUUGAAGGCGGGAAAUUCGCACUCAAGGUUUUGAGAUUAGUCACUUUAAAAAAGUCCUUUGGAUUUCAACAAAUAAAGUGUAGUUUAUGCUGGCAAUUCGUUGACAAUACGACGAGAACUGUACUUAACCAAUAUUCGUGAGUGCUAAUCAGCUAAAAAUACUCUGAAAUCAGCCUGAUUCACAAAAGCAGACGACCAGUAGUGAGACCUGGUUUUUGAGGCUGAUCUUCUUAACAAGACACUCCCGAUGGUCUUCAUUGUUCUUUAUUGUAGUUAAUAAUUAAUUGUUUUGCCUUAUUGGAUUUAUUUAAUGAGGAAUGGCAAUAUGUGACCCAAGAGAGGAGGAAGCUCAAGUGCUAAGAUCAAUUUUCGAUGAAGAAGAAUUGUCGAUAUCAGACGAUUAUAAUUUGGAAUACAAGGUAGGUGAGGCGGGAACGACUUCUUCAUUCAUUGUACAAGUUUACUGGCCUGAAGGAUAUCCUGACGUUCUACCUUGUAUCUCUAUGGAUUCUUUUUAUAAUCAUCAUAUCCCUGUAAAUGUUAAAGAGAAAAUAACUGAAGAAUUAGUGUCUGUUGCUAAAGACCAACUUGGCUCAGCUCUAACAUUUACUUUAAUUGAGUACCUAAAGGAAAACCAUGAGCGAUUUACUAAAUCUUUUGCAGUUGAUAAAGUAGAUACAUCACAAAACAAUUCGUUCCCGAGUGAAACCCCAUCGGUUUCUCGCAAACAGAAUAAACUACCUCAAUUAUCUAAAAAUCAAAAAAGGAAGCACCUAGAUAGACUAGGACAAAGUGGAGAGUUACCUAGAGGUUGGAACUGGAUUAGUGUUAUAAAACACCUUCAACAAACUGGAUCGGCGUCAUAGAGGCAUAUUUAGUUGCAUUUCAUUGCACACAAGAUAAGAUUCUAUUUGCUUUCACGUUUCAUAUUCAUUGACAAUGGGCUAAAAUGAUAACGGGGUUAUGCGUUUCUGAAUAAUGUAUUUUACUAAUUAAAUGUAAUUUACAAAAUAGUGCAGGAUGCUUUUUUGAAAGGUGUCAGAAUACGAUUUAGUAUAUUACUCGUCG